GGCGGCAACAUGUGUGACGGCUCCUUCACAGAAACCUUGCGUAGUAUGCAAGGGAUGACGGGUACGUCGCCACCGGGUAGUGCCGGUGUCGGUCACAUGGGGGUCGGCCUCAUGGGGGGGAGUAGUCCACUCGGCUCGGCAGGCAAGAAGGUGCCGGUGGAACACAUCAAACGGCCAAUGAACGCCUUCAUGGUAUGGUCACGACUACAGCGACGGAAGAUUGCACAAGAGAAUCCGAAAAUGCACAACAGCGAAAUCUCCAAGCGACUAGGUGCAGAAUGGAAGCUCCUUACGGAGGAUGAGAAACGUCCAUUCAUCGAUCAGGCGAAGAGGUUACGUGCACAACACAUGAAGGAACAUCCUGAUUAUAAAUAUAGACCGCGAAGGAAACCCAAAACUUUGCGAAAAGAAGGCUAUCCUUAUAGUAUUCCAUACCCAAGUGUUCCCAUGGACGCUCUUCGAGCAGGAAUGGCUGGUAGCAUGGGACAAGCUGCAAUGGGCUCCUAUUACACCCCCGCCGCGGCUUACGGCUCGCUCUCGGCGGCUAGCAUGGCUGCAGCCGCAGCAGCGGCUGCACAACAAUCGGCUGCAUCUGGUCUCAUGUCUAGUCUCGGGUCAACUCCUCCGAUACCGGUGGACUCGAUGACCAUGAAAUAUUCUAUGGAGCCUGACAAAUAUCGCGCUGCCUAUAUGCCGCCCAGCACUCUAGCAAUGAGCAUGUAUCCAGACCCUAAGUACUUGGAUUCUUCUAAUCCCAAGACUUAUCUAGACCGUACUUACUUAGACGCGAAGGCAUACUUCGAGCAAUCGAAACUGUACAUGGAUCAGAAACCCACCAUUGGAGAAUACAAUCGGCCGAACUACGAGCCCAACAAGCUCUACGAGGAAUCCAGUCCAAGUAGUGUCGUUGGCGGAAAUGGACCCGCAAGAUCACCGCCCGCGGAAUCGCCAGACACAAGCAAGCAACACGAAAGAACAGAACAAGGCUCGUCCAGCGCGAGUUCGACAUCGACAUCAUCGGCCGCGAGUCCCGGUGCUUUGCCGUAUCCGUAUCCCGCAUCAGUCCAAGCUAGUGGCCUGCUGACUCCGCAGAUGGCUCAAUACGGUGGAUACCAAAUGGCACCGGCAUCGGGAAAUGAAUCUUUUCGGCGACCGUUGGUCAUCUUGUGA